GGUGUUUUCCCAUACUUCCGCAGCGUCCCGGAAGGCAGUACUGUUGAUGCGGAACUAAUGAAGAGAGUAAAUAAAGCAAAAUUUGCAACUUGCGUCUCUCAACGCGGGAUAUAAAAGCUCUGAAAAUGACAAACGUAUACUCUUUUGACGGCAUUCUUGUAUUUGGAAUACUUUUCAUUUGCACAUGUGCAUACCUGAAGAAGGUCCCUCGCCUAAAUAACUGGCUGUUGUCUGAGAAAAAAGGUGUUUGGGGAGUAUUUUACAAAGCUGCAGUAAUAGGCACACGGCUCCAUAUUGCGGUGGCAGCGUCCUGUGUGUUUAUGGCGUUUUACCUGAUUUUUCUGAAAUGACCAGGAAGGAACGGAUCAGUCUUAUGGACACUGGACUAUGGAAUGCCAAUAGAAAUGUAGUACUGGCAAGUUUUGCCAACUUCAUGUGAAGAUGCACAGAGACCCUAUUCCACCUGGGCCAGUGUUGGUAAUAAGCUGCAGUUUAGCACUGAUGUAAGACCUGAUUUUGUUAAAUGUAGUUUGAAGUUAAAAUUAGAUUGAGGGGAAUUCGGUUUUAGAUCAGGGCUAAAUGGUAAUUGCUGCUGUGAAUGGUGAAACGUUGAGGAAAAAUGCUUUCCAAAUUAAGGACCUCCUACUUUGGGAUUCAUACUUCGCUUGUGUACAAAGUACUAUCUUUUUGUUAUGUUUUUCUCUCAAACAUGCAAAAUUGGGCUAAUAGGUGUGCAGUGAAGGAGGUAGAAACAAUGUUAUCAGUGCAAUUAUUGAAGAAGUUGUUUUCUCAUUUUUUGUUUUACCUAAAUUUGCCAUAUUUACUUAAAUCAUCAUUUUUGUAUGGAAGGGUUACCAUUGUUUGCAACAUGGGAAAAUUGACAAAAACAUUUGACAAAGUUUCAUGGACAUACACGUAAACACUUGCAAACUGAAAAUGAAGCCCAAAAGUGAUUCAGCCUGGUAAUGCUAAUGUUCUUCUAACACAACAUUCUUUUGAUACCACAAAAGUACCUAUGUACUUAAAUUUAAUAAAGCACACCAUCUUGACAUUCACCAAAUGAUAUCAUUGUGAAGGCAUGUGUUUACUUUGUUUGGUUUAAUAAUCAUUAUUAAAAUACACAGACUCAGACUCUGUCACAGACCCAGCUGGACUUAAACCACAAUAAACAUAGACAUAGAUGUCACCUCUGUCAAUGGAUAUGCAUUUAUGGUAAAUAUGAAAUAUAUGAUAUUAUUGACCAGUAAAUUCCACUACACUACAUUUUCUUUAAAUCUUUAACAUCAUUUAUCUGAGGGUUUCAGCUUCAGAAUGUUUUUUAUCUUAUGUUGGUGCGAUUUUAUCCAUUACAUAAAACAAAGGUGUAUAUGCCGAGAUGUUCUUUUGUCAAAUAAAAUCAACAAUUUAUCUGUUCUCUAUGCUCUUUCCAUUAAAACUUUUUUUUCACCGUGUAAAUGUACACAGCCGUACUCUAAAACUGCUUCGUAUAUACUGUAUACAGAAUGAUGUUGGGUGUUCAUAUUUAGAACAUAAAUAGUUUAUAGAAAACCCUAUGCACCUUGAUGCUGAUUUUGGGGAAGAGGGUUAUUUAUUUAUUUUAAAGCAAUACUUUUAAAGAACUGAAUUUGCUUUGUAAAUUUUGUUUGGUUUAAUGAGGUCAGCGCUGUAUUACUUUUAUGUGUGUUUUUACUUUUUAAUGCAGUCAAAUUAGACAGUCAAUAUGAUAUCUACAUAAUGCAUACAUAAAAAGUAUACUCCCCAAAAGAUGCCUUGUUCUAUCUAAGGAAUAAUAUUCUGAGUGUUUUGCAGAUUGUUUGAGAUCAUCUGGUCAAAUUGGCAUUUAGUUUAAUAUUAAAAUGUAUAUUUUAUUUAUUUUUCCUAAAACAUGUAAAAUGUACAUUCCUCAAAGUCUUGUGUCAUGAAAAGGAUACUGUCCUUAAUAUUUUAAAAUUGGUGUGAUAUAACUUUAAAUGAUUGAAUUGUUUAAAGGAUUGAUGAGGCUAAUAAAAUCGCUAGGAAAAAGAAUGACAUUAAAUAUACUUUGUUUGCAUAUAUACUAUGUUUAUUUAAAAAAAAUAAGUAAAUAAUCUUGGGGUUUUAUAAACUGAACUGGGGCCGAACUUUUUUCCUGUAUUUAUCUUACCUAACACUUUUAUUGUAACUAACAUACACUGUUAAUAAUGUG